AUAGACAUCUCCCAUAUGCGACUUUGGACGAUCAGGGACGCAACGUACUGCAGCCCAUUUGCAAGUGAGGCAGCUUACUUGGAUGGGUUCAAGAAGAGCUGCCACCAGUGUCAGGCAUCGGAUCUAUCCUGUCUCGUGAAUAGGGAGGGCGGAGACUCGCCUGUCCAGCUACGAGCAGCUCUACUUUCUGCUGAUGACCCCGGAGCCAGCCAGAGGUGACCGAGAUCCUGCGCUGGAUCCGCGCCGGCUUCGGCGUCGACGAUAUCCUGCGCUGCACCUGCUGCCCGAGACGAGGUUGCGCUACACUUUUCCCGAGUUCGCUAGCUGGCCGACCGUCUUCCGAGAACCCGACAACCCCUAUCUCGGCACGCAGCUCCUCGGCUUUACAACCCCGAAAUCCGCCGCCGCGAGGGAUGGUGGCUCGGCGCCGGGCAGCACGGCAACGCUCCAUCCCGACUCAUACUACGUGUACCAGUUCCCUUAUCAUGCCACCCACAUGGUCGACUCGCGCUUGUCUUCGGUCAAGGCGGCCAGGUGGACGUCGGUGACGGCUGCCGACGCUCUGUUUGAGUACAUCGGGACGCGUUCGUUCCAGAAGGACCUGUUUCUGGAUGACCUCGUUCGGAGCAAGACCGACUUCUGCUCGGCCCUGCUCCACGGCCUGACGAGCGACCCUCACCGCGUCGAGUUCUGGACGCCGCGCUCUCUGCCCUUCGCCUUCAUGGCCGAGGCGAAGCGGCUAUGGGAUAUCGGAAUUGCCGGGGAGCCCAAGCGGACCACCAUCCAAGCGGCCAUGUGCCUCACCAUGCGGUACGGGACAGACGGCGCCGGCAAGAUCAGUGUUCCGUUUCUCGUCAAGGCCGUCGAGUUGGCGGACAAGAUGGAGUUCUUCGCCCGGCGCGAGACCGAAGACUCCAAAAUGAGCAUUGCCCGCGCCUUCACCGCUUUGGUUGUCGUUAGCUAUCAAGGGCAUGUCACGUCCCGACCUUUAGGACGGUUGCUUCUCGGAUUAUCACUAUGCUACUAGUUCGUACUGACGGUGCGCUUGGUCAGAUUGGUCUUCUAUUACAUGCAUAAUACCCCAUCCGUGAUUUUAUUUACUUUCCUCCCUCGCCGCCCUCGCCAUCUUCUUCUUCUCUGCCACCCUCCCGUAACCCGUCCAAACAAUCCCGAAUCUCAACCCAAGACAACCGACCCCGAACCCGCUCGACUACCUCGACCUCGACCCGAGCGGAAUCUACGCCUCCCUGGGAAAGGUACCGCCCGGGCAGAAAUGCGGCGGGCUCAGGGAUGGGACCACGGUAUCCGACGUGAGCUUUGCGCUUCAUGUUAUGUGGGAGAGAUGUUGUUUAGGAUUAUUUGAGGCCAUGGUGUUAUACGAAAGUAUAUCAAGGUACAACUCAAAUCAGAGCGUUGAGGCUCUUGGUGUCCCUCCGGUCCCAGCAGACGCCGAGUUGAAUCGGCUGCUA